GCAAGAGGGGUGGGGCGUCUCCCUCAGGAUCGGCCUUAUGAUUGGCUGGUUGUGCCGUUCUUCGGCAGGCCCCGCCUCCCAUGUCCCGCGCAUGUGUCCUCCGGCAGGAACGGCGGUGCUCCGGCUUCGAUCUGAGUGAUUCUCAGCCCAGAGUGGUAUGGAAGGGCUUCUGAGAAGAUGGAGGGGCUUUCCUGGUAUACUGUUGGCCAACUGCCCCCUGCCACAGCAUCCCCUUUGCAGGCCUUACCAUCGUCCCCCAGGCAGAGUGAAACGCCUGGUGCUGUCCCGUUUUUUCCAGCCUCAGAACCUGCGAGAAGAUCAGGUGGUUGGACUAGGCAGGUCUGCUGAGCUGACCUGUAAGAGCCAGAGGCUGAUGCUGCAGACCGGGCUGAUUCACCCUGCUGGUGCUGGCUGUUACCACUACCUGCCCUACACCAUUCGAGCCAUGGAGAAGCUGGUCAGGGUGAUAGACCAGGAGAUGCAGGCCAUCGGUGGGCAGAAGCUAGACAUGCCCACCCUGAGCUCAGCCAAGCUCUGGAGAGCCACCGGCCGGUGGGACCUAAUGGGCAGGGAGCUCUUUCAGCUGCGGGAUCGUCAUAACAAAGAAUACUGCUUGGGACCGACACACGAGGAAGCCAUCACCUGCCUGAUCGCCUCUCAGAAGACCCUGUCCUACAAGCAGCUUCCCUACCUGCUGUAUCAGGUCACACGGAAGUUCCGGGAUGAGCCCAGGCCCCGCUUUGGCCUCCUCCGAGGCCGGGAGUUUUACAUGAAGGACAUGUACACCUUUGACUGCUCUUCCGAAGCCGCUCACCAGACAUAUGAUCUGGUGUGUGAUGCUUACGGCAGGGUGUUUAACCGGCUGGGCCUUCACUUCAUUAGGGUGCAGGCAGCCGUGGGAAGCAUUGGGGGUACGAUAUCUCAUGAGUUUCAGCUCCCGUUGAACAUUGGAGAAGACGUGCUCGCAGUCUGCUCCAUGUGCAGUUUCACAGCCAAUGUGGAGAUGCUGGAUCCCAAGCAGCCAAAUUGCCCUGUUUGCCAGGGGAAACUGACAGAAACCAAAGGUGUUGAAGUGGGGCACACCUUCUAUCUGGGCACCAAGUACUCUUCUGUAUUCAAUGCCCAGUUUGUUAACGCUCGGGGAAAGCCUGCACUCUUAGAAAUGGGGUGCUAUGGGUUAGGUGUGACUCGUAUCUUAGCUGCGGCCAUUGAAGGACUUUCCACGGAAGAGUGUAUCCGCUGGCCUGGUCUGCUUGCCCCUUACCAAGUCUGCCUUAUUCCUCCAAAAAAGGGCAGCAAGGAAGAGGUGGCAGUGGAGUUGAUGGAGACUCUCUAUGACGAUAUCACUGAAGCCUUGCCCCAGCUGCAGGGGGAGGUUUUGAUUGAUGACAGGACACAUUUGACCAUUGGAAAUAGAUUGAAAGAUGCCAACAAACUUGGCUACCCCUUUGUUGUGAUAGCUGGCAAGAGAGCCUUGGAACAGCCCUGCCAUUUUGAGGUUUGGUGUCAGAGCACCGAUGAGGUGACGUUCCUCCCCAAACAAGGAGUGAUCGAUUUGCUGCGUGCGGUACAGGUUGUCUAAAGGCCCGAUCUCUGAUCCUUACCAAGUUAUGUCCUUUCACAAUUAUGUUGUGCACUGUUCCCUCUAGACACAAUGCAGCUGGUGGAAGAUGGACGCUAGUUAGGAGAGCAAGGUUUCAUCAUUCAUUCAUUCAGUGAACAUCACUGGUUCAUAUAAAAAGAAAGAAAUUUGAUUUCUCUUUUCCACUGACUGUCCACCUGCUCUACUGUAAAUCAGUAGACCCUCCUGUGAUGUGAGGAGGAUGUUGAUGGCAGGCAAUUCUUAGUCUUCAACUUAAAGGCCAAGUCUUCCCACUCAAAGCCAAUGGGAAGGUUGAAACAAUUAGAUGGGAGAGCAAAUGAGAAACUUCCCCAGGAGACCUUAGCCCCGAUUAGGCUGGACUAAGCCUUAGCUCCUUUUCGCUUGAUUCACAAGGACAAGCUGUUGGAUUAGGAGCCUCAAAUAUAAAAAUGUUCAUUUUUAGCCUCUGUAAUGUCUAGCCAUGUUAACAGGUCCAGCCAGAUCACAACUUGGGAAGGUUUGGAGCCAGGAUUAGAGAGCCAAAGCCUUCUGACUUCCUACCCGCUGCGGACGCUGUCAGCUCUUGUUGCGAUAGUGAAACCUAAAAUCUUGUGCUCUUGAUAACAGUGACUUGCUGCCUACCUCAGGGGAAUGCAGUGACCACAAAUGAGAUGCUGUCUGUACAAUGAUUCCAUCCCUUGGAGGAGUCAGAAGGGACCCAUGCACCGUGCUCCCAAGCUGUCGUCGUCCUGGACUUGCCGACUUUGUUUCUUGCCACCCAUCGAUGGCAUGGGGGUGUUGGCAAAAUACCAUGGACAGGCUGUAUUAUCCCGGCCUGAUCCUGAGGGAUGUCUGAAAGGAGAGGCAGAGAGAAUAUUUAGCAGAAUUAGCAAAGGGACAAAAAUUGGCCGGCAUUAUAACACUAAUAAUGGACUCCUUCCACGUUUUAGUGGGAAUGAGGCUUGUGCUGCCAUGACACUUUCAGGUUUACAAGCACUGUCCUCACAAUCCUGGGAGAUGGAGAUUAUGUGAGGAUUUGUGUUCUAUUUACAGAUGAGGAAACUGAGGCUUGGAGAGGUCAGUGACGUGCCCCAGAGCCUUCUGAUGAGUCAGAACCAGAGCUGGGCCUCAAACUCAAGUCUGACCCUGACCAGUGCUACUUCUGUCUCAGCAAUAAAGAAUAGUGCAGAAAUUG